GGGGAGGAGAGGCACUAGAAGAAGCGGGCGCGGAGAAGGCGGCGCUACGCUGCAGGGUCCGCGCCGGUGCGCGCAAAGGAGUAAGAGGGUCCGCAAUAACUUUGCAAUGACCUCACCUUGAGGGCUGCUCCCCGCUCGAAAGUGCAUCGUGGCAACUGCUGCGAGAGGCCCAGAGGUGCCUGCGCUUAUGCCUCCUCCUCUUCCGUCUCCGCCACAAUGACCUCAGAGGCACCGUCGGGGUCGUCUCUUUCUUGGGGCAGAGUAGAAACGGCUGUACAGCAGCCACCGCAGGGUCUGGUGACCUUUGGGGACAUAGCUGCAUCGUUCAGUGAGGAGAAAUGGGCUCUGCUGGAGCCAGGCCAAGGAGCUCUGCACAGGGAAGUCAUGAAGGAGAACUAUGAAACUGUGGCCUCUCUUGAAUCUGACCUCAGUUCCUGCUGGGAAGAAGAGAAAUAUCCGUUUAACCAGGAUCUCAAAGAAGAGGAGGCAUCAGCAGCAGAUGAUGAACAGCACAGUGAAAAUUACAGGGAGCCGCAGAUGGUGUCACUGGCAACAGGCAAGCAUGAAGCAGGAAAAGAGAUGAUUGGAAAUGAAAGAGGACAGAAAAGGUGUGAAGGAAACGUGUCAAAGAAUUGGAGAAAGAAAUCAUCUACUUCCAAAGGUGAUGGCACCCAUAAGCCUCUGACGCUACAGGGAGAUCACAAAAGAAAAAGCAGGAAAAUGUAUCCAGUGAUUGUGGAAGCUUUCAGAGAUAUAUCGGAUCUAAACAGGGAUUACAGAAUCCAUGAAGGAGAGAAAAGAUAUAAAUGCAUGGAGUGUGGGAAGAGCUUUAAUGUGAGUGGCAGCCUUACUAAACAUCAAAGAACGCACACAGGGGAGAAACCAUUUAAAUGCAUGGAAUGCGGGAAAAGCUUCAGUGUGAGAAAUCGUCUUAAUAAUCAUCACAGAACCCACACAGGGGAGAAACCAUUUAAAUGCAUGGAGUGUGGAAAAUGUUUCAGUCACAAUGGUCACUUCACUUUACAUCAAAGAACCCAUACAGGGGAAAAGCCAUUUCAGUGCAUGGAGUGUGGAAAGUGCUUUAGUCAGAAUGCUCACCUCAUUUUACAUCAAAGAACCCACACAGGGGAGAAGCCAUUUAAAUGCAUGGAAUGUGGAAAGUGCUUCACUGACAAUAGUAACCUCACUAAACAUCAAAGAACCCACACAGGGGAGAAACCAUUUAAAUGUAUGAACUGUGGAAAAAGCUUCCGUGAUAGCAAUCAACUUACGUUACAUCAAAGAAUGCACACAGGGGAGAAACCAUUUAAAUGCUUGGAAUGUGGAAAGAGCUUCAGUCAGAAUAGUUACCUUACUGUACACGAAAGAAUCCAUACAGGGGAGAAACCAUUUAAAUGCAAUGAAUGUGGAAAGCGCUUCAGUGAUAUUGGUAGCAGUACUUCACAUCAAAGAACUCACACGGGGGAGAAACCCUUUAAAUGCAUGGAAUGUGGAAAGAGCUUCUGUCAGGGCCAUCAACUUACUGCACAUCACAGAACCCACACAGGAUUGAAACCAUUUAAAUGCAUGGAAUGUGGAAAGUGCUUCAGUGUCAAUGGUAGCCUCACUAAACACCAAAGAACCCACACGGGGGAGAAGCCAUUUAAAUGCUUGGAAUGCGGAAAGUGCUUCAGUCGGAAUAGUAACCUUACUGUACACGAAAGAAUCCAUACAGGGGAGAAGCCAUUUAAAUGCAUGGAAUGUGGAAAGUGCUUCAGUGAUAUUAGUACCCGUACUUCACAUCAAAGAACUCACACGGGGGAGAAACCAUUUAAAUGCAUGGAAUGUGGAAAGAGCUUCUGUCAGAGCCAUCAACUUACUGCACAUCACAGAACCCACACAGGGGAGAAACCAUUUAAAUGCAGAGAGUGUGGAAAGAGCUUCAGUCAGAGCAAUCAACUUACUACACAUCACAGAACCCACACAGGAUUGAAACCAUUUAAAUGCAUGGAAUGUGGAAAGAGCUUCAUUGCCGGGAGUAACCUUGCACGUCAUCAAAGAACGCACACACAGGAGAAAUCAUUUAAGUGCAUGGAAUGUGGAAAGAGCUUCCGCCAGAGCAGUCACCUUACUGCACACCAAAGGGAAGAAACCAUUUUAAUGCAGGCAGUGUGGGAAGAGUUUCCGUGUAAGGAGUAACCCUACAAACCUUUUAAGGGGAGAUCUUUAUCCCAGUCUGUAUCAGUAUUAGAUUGUAUCUCUCCCCUUCAAUAUUAGAUAAGUACCAUCUCUAUUAUCUUUUUGGUGCCUACUGAAGAUCUUCCUCUUUCAUCUAGCCGUACUUAUCCCAGUCUGCGUCUCUGUUGGAAUUACUUUUUAAGAUCUUUUUAAAGCUUUUCUUUUUUCAAAAGAUGUUUUGUAUUAAUAUAUUUUAAAGUAUGUUUUUAAAGAAGUUUUAGAAUGAAUGAAUUCUUUAUUAUACAAUCAUAGAUCCAUAGUGCAAACAUAGCAAAAUUAAAAAACCAUAUACAAUUUACAGAAUUUAAAAUAAUUUACUUCCUAAAAUCCAAGGAAAGAACCUGAUUAUUACGAAUAGACUGGGCUAUAUAAAACAUUUUUUGCUACAUGUUCAGUAAUAGCCUUAUCUUUAUCUGAUAGUAAAUAUUGUGUUAACCACCUUUGGGGUUUAUCAGAAAAGGUGAUUAUUAAUGGGUGGAUAAUUUUUAUCCUUGCGUCACAAUAAAACUCACAUACAAAAAGAACAUGUUCGAUAGUUUCAACCACUUUUAACUUGCAACUACAUAAACAAUUUUGGAGAGGAAAGCCUUGGAAGCGACCUGAUAGAAGUGA